AUGGUGGUGACUGCACAUGUGCAUAAAAGUUAUUCUAAGAUCUCUUAUUCACCUUUUUCUAUCAUUCCAUCCAGACUGCAGCUCUUUGAAUAUGAGUCAGUCUCUUUUACCUGUGAAGGGUUUAACAUUUCAGCAGGAUGGAAAGUAAGGAGCACUAAGAAAAUCCCUUUGAAAUGUUCCAGCAGCACUGUGACGAAGACUUGUGGGAUCAAAUAUGCUUUUGCUUCAGAUAGUGGAGAAUACUGGUGUGAGAGUGGAGCAGAGAGAAGCAACACUGUCAGUAUCACUGUUUCAGCUGGCGCUGUGAUACUUGAGAGUCCUGUCCAUCCUGUGGUGGAAGGAGAUGCUGUUAUUCUGCACUGUAGAAACAAGACAGACAAACAAGACGCAAAUUUCACAGCUGAUUUCUACAAAGAUAGCUUGCCCAUGGGUACCAGCUAUGAUGGAAAGUUAGAAAUCCAAAAGGUUUCAAAGUCUCAUGAAGGAUUCUAUAAAUGCAAAAUACAGGGAGUUGAGGAAUCACCAGAGAGCUGGCUGGCUGUCAGAAGCAAAUCCAAUGCACGGAAAGUAUCUCAUGAAGAAAUUGCUUUUUCACUCAAUUUCUACAUCUUGCGGUGCACAGCUGUGACGGUUGGGUUGGCCCUGCAGCUACUGGUGUUGGGACUACUUCAGUGGAAGCUGCAACUGGUGCUCAGUGUGCUCUUGCUUCUGACCUCACAUUUUCAUUGAAAUUGUGCCCCGAGAAGUGUUGAUGCUGUGAUCCGAGAGUCCUGCUCAUAAUCUGAUAGAGGAAUAAGCUGCAAUAAUAACACAUUAUCUGCCAGCCUCCUGCCAGUGUUCCAUAAGAAUUGGCAUAAUCUGCAUGUGACUCUACAAGUGCUUAUUAUAAUUGGGCCAGACAACUCAGAGAAAGCUGGCUAUCAGAGUUGAGACAUAGACUUGCUUCCAAGCCUUAUGAUUAAUACUUAUACAGAUGCAGUUAGAACUUUAAAAUA